AUGGAAGACGAGACGCAGUACGUGCCAAGCGGCACGAACCAUGAUCCCCCUCCGGAAGCAGCUUUGACCCGAGACCUCCCAUCGUCCCCACCUACAACACAACAUAAUCUCCCUAUGAAACGAAAGUACAGCGAACGCAAACGUGUCUUUGUCGACCCUGUCGACGAGGAACGAGACGAGGAAGAAGAAAAGGUUCCAAUGCCGUUGGAAGCAUUCCGCACGGUCAUCAACAUCCUUCACCACGUGAACACUACUUGCGAGAACAGCAAUCUGCCGUUCCCAUGGGAACCCUUACCAGACUGGGACUCAGUCAUCAACACCUUCAGGGACUCGGUCAAGCGGGUCAAGGCUGCUAAUCCACCAGUGAUGGUAGAAAAAUCCAAGCUGGACGUCAUUGAUACGCUAAUUAAUCCGUCCAAAACAGAACACGCUGUCGCUAUGCUGGGCGAACAAAUCCAAAAGCUGGACAAAAAGAUCUCAGAGACUAACUCGAUCGUCAAACGGGCAGAGGCGCAGCAGGAGAUGCGUGCACAGAUCAGUACGCCUUCUACAGACCGACAGAACAAACUGUUCACAGACGCGGUAGCUGCUGGAGUCUCAGCUAUGGGAACCAAGAAGGCCAGCAACAAAACAACACCAGUCGCAAACAGGGCUACAGCAACCAAGAAGACGGCGAAAGCGCAGAAGCCAGAGCCUGUGACCAUUACGUUCUCCACGGGGCUCAAAGAGCUAUCGAUCGCACAGCGCUUCAAGCUCAAGCUAAAGAUCAACAAUGCAAUGCCUAAGAUUAAAAGCAAGCAACUAGGCGUGUCCUCCCUGAGGGUCUCAACAAGGGGCAAUUUGGUGCUCCAGCCAAGCCAGGGCACGAUGGCGGAGGAGCUGGUGGAGACCAAAGACCAAUGGCUCAAGGCUCUUGAAGAACAGGACUGCCAGGAAGUCAUUAUCAACAAGCCACAAUACAAGGUGGUAGUGCAUGGCGUGCCCCUCGAAUGGGAGGACGUAGAUCCUUUUGACAGCGUCCAAGAGGAACUACGCGAAUCGAAUCAGUUCACGUCGAGCCACAAACCUCGCUGGCUGGCAAGCAAGUCAAGCCCAGACGCCAAACAGCAAGAAAUGUAUCAAGCACAAAGAGGCGAAGGAGGAGUGGAUUACGAUCAAGAGGAAGGGACGCCACUCGUCUACGACUGA